AUGGUACGAGCCAUGGGUUGGCAUAAGCCCGAGAACUUUGCCGGGUCUUCGAUACGCGCUAUUCUGGUCGGUUUGUUUGUUGCUUCGGGCGGAUUGCUGUUUGGCUACGAUGUGGGGGUCAUCAAUGGCGUCCUUGUGAUGGACGUCUUCCAGGACCACUUCUCCACCGACCGGUCCUGUAGAGAUGACGAUGGUCACAUCGAUCUAUGUCCUUCCGACUCAUCCCUCAUCGUGGGAAUUCUUAGUCUCGGAGCUGUCGUUGGCUCAAUAUUAGCUGCUCCCCUUGGCGAUACUAUCGGUCGUCGCAAGACUUUACUUGCUGCUGUUGUCACAUUUUGUAUUGGGGCUAUCUUUCAAGUAUGUGCUCAAGCGACACCGAUGUUGCUGGUUGGAAGGGCUUUGGCAGGUGUCGCGGUAGGAGCAACAUCAGUCCUCGUUCCUCUCUAUCAAUCCGAGACAGCGCCAAAAUGGAUUCGAGGAAGCAUCAUCUGCGCUUACCAGCUCUCCAUCACUGUCGGAAUCCUCAGCGCAACCGUCAUCAACGUCAUCACACAAAACAUCAACAGUUCAGCCGCCUACCGUAUCCCUCUAGGCCUCCAACUCGUCCCCGGUGUCAUCCUCGCCGCCGGCAUCGCCAUGCUUCCAGAGACACCUCGCUUUUUGGUGAAGAAAGGACGUAAUGACGACGCGGGCAUUUCCCUAAGUCGGUUCCGAAGACUUGAUAUCACGCAUCCUGCUCUUCAGAAUGAGCUGCAGGAAAUUAUUGCUAAUCAUCAGUAUGAGCUCACGUUGGGUCAUGAUUCGUACAGAGAUCUGUUUACAAGCAAUUCCAACCUUGGACGUCGGACUUUGACAGGUUGUGGACUACAAAUGUUGCAGCAAUUGACUGGCAUCAACUUCGUCAUGUACUACGGAACGACUUUCUUCAACACAUCCGGCGUCAGCAAUCCUUUCAUCAUCAACCUCGUUAUGAUUAUCGUCAACUGCGUCUGCACAAUCCCUGGCCUCAUCGUGAUUGAGAAACUGGGACGACGGAAGCUUCUCAUGGCUGGUGCCCUAGGUCAGGCUGUGUGUCAGUUUAUCAUCGGCGCUGUAUCGACGGCCAACGAAACAUCAUCUCAAAACCUCAGAAGUACAUCCAACAUGGCCCUCAUAGUCUGCUGCGCCAUCAACGUCUUCUUCUACGCCACAUCCUGGGGUCCAGUCACUUGGGUCGUAACCUCCGAGAUCUUCCCUCUCAAGGUCCGCGCAAAGGCCAUGUCUGUAUCAACCACAGCAAAUUGGCUCCUGAACUUUGCAGUGGCCUACGCUCCCCCAUUCAUAAUGGGUCGAGGCGCUGACGGCUUCGGUCUGAAGAUAUUCUUCAUCUGGGGAACAUUCUGUAUCCUCGCCAUCGUCUUCGUCUGGUUCCUGGUAUACGAAACAAGCAGAAUGACACUAGAGCAAAUCGACGAAAUGUACGAGCGCGUACAACACGCCUGGGAAAGUCCAGGUUUUAACCCCAGCUGGAGUUUUCAAGCCAUGCGCAAUACUGGCUGGUCUACCACUGAGCAACCAACAGAACUUCAAAACUCCAACACUACGAGCUCGGCAGAGGAUCAGCACUCGAUACAUUCACAUCACCCGCCGAAUUCAGCAACGCCUAUAGCCAACGUUGAUUUUAGUUACUAG